AUGGCAAAGCGCAGCGGCAGCAGGUGCCGGAGGAGCUCUGGGGAAGAGCCCGGGAAGGAAGGCGCUGCCAGUUGCAUCUAGGUGCUCCUUCCCCGGAAAAGGGAGCCAGCUGCCCCAGGGCGAUCGCGAGCGCCAGAUAAGAGAAGCCGGCAGCCGCCGCCCGGGCAGGAAUCUCGCUCGACAGGAGCAGCGCCUGGGGCGCGGUGAGAGUUUGCGCAGGGCUGCGGGCGACGGGAGGAGGCGCCAUGGCCUGGAAGUGGCCGCGGGAGCAACAGGUGCUCCUUCUCGGCCUCACCUGGCUCUGCACAGGCUGUUUCUCUCUUUUGGUGACCGUGCCGGACACUGAACGUUACACAACUUUAUUUGCUUCUGUGACUCUCAGGUGUGACUACAGCACCUCUGCUCAGCUGCAGGAUGUGGUAGUUACCUGGCGUUUUAAGUCCUUCUGCAAGGAUCCCAUCUUUGAUUACUAUUCUGUUGCCUAUCAGGCUGGCCUAGCUAUUGGCCAGGAUCCUUCCAAUGACUGUAAUGACAACCAACGGGAAGUGCGCAUCGUAGCUCAGAGAAGAGGACAGAAUGAACCUGUGCUGGGUGUUGAUUACAGACAGCGGAAAAUCACAAUCCAGAACCGUGCAGAUCUUGUGAUCAACGAGGUGAUGUGGUGGGACAAUGGGGUCUAUUAUUGUACUGUUGAGGCUCCAGGAGAUACCACUGGUGACCCAGAUAAAGAAGUGAAGCUAAUUGUUUUGCAUUGGCUGACAGUGAUGUUGAUUGUUCUGGGUGGCCUCCUCCUCUUUGUGCUGAUCGGGGUGUGCUGGUGCCAGUGUUGUCCUCAGCAUUGCUGUUGCCACGUUCGCUGUCCCUGCUGUCCAACCCGCUGCUGUUGUGAUGAAGAAGUCCUGGAACGGCACCGCUUCAUGAAGCAAGCUCGGCAGCUUUUACCGUGGAUGAAACAGCACUCUCAGUCAUCUUCAUACCAACUCAACCCACUCUUGCAGCGAGAUGUGUCUCUGCAAAGCAGUCAGCCACUGAUGCACUCGUUUGGCCAGGUGCCUGCAAACAACAAGGUCUUGGACUACCUUGAGUCAGAGAUCAGGAACCUCAACCUGUCCCAGCCUCUGUUGCCUUCUCAUCAUGUUGGGGGUAGUCAGAACCCUAGUAUAUUGUCUUCUCUAGGCCCAGAGAUUGUGGAACGCAGGGUCAUCCACCUUCCUCCCAUAGUUGAACGCAUCCCAUCCUCUCAGAGAACCAGCAGUUCACAUCCGCAGCAGUCUAUACGGACUCCUAGACCUCGGAGCAAUACAAGUGCGGAAGAGAGGGAGGGAAGGAGAUGGAGGCAUAUGUCUUUGGAUGAAAUUUCCCACUCCAGCUACGAUCAGGAGUCUGGGGACCGACAGCGAGAUCAUAGAGUUGAAAGGUGGAGAAAUGGGAGGCGUUAUGAUAGGUCCCAGAGUUCCAGGCCAGAUGUGUCAUCCUCAUUGCAUGGUAGGAGCAAUCUUGAUGCCUAUCCUGAGGAUACCAGAAGGGAGGGCUAUGGCCGGCAGCACUCUGACAGAAGAUAUCAGCGUUCAGGGAGGCAGGCGUAUCAACAUCUCAGUAGGAGAGACAGUGACUCUGAUCACCGGGGUCGCCGACAUCGCAGCUAUUCUCCUCCAUCUCGUCGGAGUUCCUGGAGCUCAGUUGAAGAUUAUGAGCGCUUUCAAGAGAAUAACAGACGACAUCGCCAGCACCGUUCUCCUGACUGGCCAGAGGAGAAACCCCCUAGUUAUCGUUCAGUAGAAAUAACUCCAACCAAAAGCAGAAAAUCCAGAUAUCCUACAGAACAACAAUCGGAAAAAGGCAGCUCUCGCAGCGGCAGGAGUGUUGUCAUUUAGCCUCUUUGCUUCACCACCACAUCAAAUGGAGUAGCAUUGUUUCUCUGAGCAGGAGACAUUUGUGGCUAAGGAUGUUAGCCCUCAAAUGGAAAACACUGUCAAGGGGGGUGUGCCUCCUCGCUGCCUUCAGCCCUGCCUCUUCUGGGAUGGCUUCAGUUUCCAAAAAGUUCUGAGUAGUGGUCUGUGAAAAGGUGAUUAUGAAGGCAUCGCUCUCUCUUGAAAUGGAACCUCCCUUCUAAGAAUCCAUUUUGUCUUCUCUCUAAGGAUAUAAUGAAAGAGUCAGCUUCAGCAAAACUCAUAGAAACUGUAAUAUCACACAGGCAGAAUCAAGAGUGGCGUCAUGUAAGUGCUGCACCGGGAUGGGAUCUAACACCGAGCUGGUAUAACUUUGACUAGAUCAGGCCUGAUUCGAAGCGCUUCCUACUCUACAAUCCUGUGAAUGCAUUGUUAGAAGUAAAUUUACUUCUUCAUCCUCGAAGUAAGCGUGGUUAAGAUCAGGAUUUAAUUCAGCUGGCUUGUGCCCAUUCUCGGAGGGAAAAUAACAAAAUAGCUAAACCGUUUUUCCAUGAAUUUCUCUUUGAAUUUUAUAAAAUCUUAUGUCACUUUCUGCAAGGUAAGGCAGAUAUCAUAUAGUGGGGUGGACUCAACCUGUCCUACCACUCCACUGAGCAAAAUUUGAAGCCUUCUUCCAACCUGAGAAGACUCACUCCAGUUUCAGUAGCUCUUCCUUCAAUGGAAUCUGUGCCUUUGUGCUCUCUGCAGAAGGAGUUCACAGUGGCUUCUGUGCUAAAAGGGGGGCCUACAGACUUACGGGUGGGUUACUUUGCAGCUAGGAGAAAAGGCAGGAGUAGGGGGGGGAAGCUGAAGCAGAGGGACAGCUGCACAUCCACAGUGGAGAUGGCACAUGCUAGGGGUGGCGUGGGGAGGGCAUAGGAGGGGCUUGGCACUUCACCAGCAGCCCCUCGUGGUCCUCACCGCCAUUCCUGGAUGGAGUUCACAGUGGCUUCUGUGCUAAAAAGAGAAGUGGAGAUAUGCUUGCUGUACAUGCUCACCACCACCACAAGACAUUUGGCUCCGUUCCCAGCUCCGGGGAGUGCUGCUGUAACAGUAAAAUAACAGGACAAAUCUGCCACUGUUGGUUCCCUGGCAGAGCUGCUUUUUGUCGGUGACCUAAGGUAUCACUUCUAACUUCUUGGUGGUGAAUUGUCUUUACUGAAUGCAAUCUCUCACAGAGUCAACUCUGCAUAAAUUCCACUGAUUGACCCUUAAUUUCCCAGGAUUAUAGUCAGCAUAGUUUACAAGAAACUAAGCAGACCUGGUUUCACUCACUUGCUGCCAGUAAGAACUGAGGGUGCUUGGAAAAACUCCAGAAAAUAACUGCCAUUUAUGCAUCAGAAGCAAAGUAUAUUUUCUAAAGAAAUGCCUUUUUUCAGCCUUUCCUAUCUGUUAUUGGGGGGGGGGCGUGUCCUAAGUGCCUCUGCAUUUCGAGAUAUAGUGAACAGACCUCUGAGGGAAAUUUCCCAUCUUCAGCAUUCUAGUCUCUGCUCUUGCUUUGUUUCUGUUGUGUACACAUUGCAUUGUUUCCCCCCCACAAAUUUGUUGCUCAAUAGAUCUAUAAGCUUUGCUGUAUAGAUCCAUAAUGUGCUUUGCUUGGAAGUAAUUUCAUGAGUAAGAGCAAAGGGAGAGAGGUACUGCUGAAUAACUACAGAAACUCUUUUGCCGCAUCAGGUAAAGUGGUAAUGCAUUUAUUUGAAACAGAGUUUGUGCCCUUGCCUAAGCAGAAAGCACUUACUCUCAAGCAAGGUAGAUGAACUUGUUGAUUCUGUGAAUUUCCCAGUCAAGCUGUGAACAUUGUUUUUCAUCUCACACUUUUCUUGAGAGCUCCCAACUCUCAGAUGUUGCAUUUUGGGUGACCUGGGGACUGGACUAAAGAAAAUGGGGAAGCAGAAGAGAUCGAUUUGUUAAGCAGACUCCAUGUGAUCUAUGGAGAGGGUGAGCAGGAGCUUUACAGUGGAGGGUAAAGUCCCUCCUUUCAGCCACUAGAAGCCCAGCCAGAAUUGCCUGAAACAAAGACAGUGUCUAAUGUGUAUUGCAUUUUUAUAUCGAGAUAUUAGGACUUUUUAGGAAUGAGUACUGGAAUUCUUGGGCAUUCUGUAAGUUACGUAUUGAAUUCCAUACUGGAAGUCUGUUUUGAUUAUGAUGCACUUAUUGCACUGGCAAGUACUCUUUCUAUAACCGGAUGUGAUUGAUUUGCCAUUUUGGAUAUAUAUCUUGAAGAAGUGGAUCACAUCCUAGGUUAGUACCACAUGUAAUGGGACCAUUUUUUGGUGUUCAUAGGACUUGUUCAGGCAGAAUGAAUAGAUUACAGCCAAACCUGAAUUUAUAUAAAAGCAAGCAAAGUAAAACAAGUCAUUCUGUGGAAAGGCUGAGUGGAAGGGUUGAAUAACUGAAUAAAUACAUCGUUAAUUUUUAACACAUGCCUUUGGGACAUUUUUUGGAAAUGUCUCUUGCAUAAUGAAAGGUAUUGGACUUUGACCUGGAAGUUUGCAUUUGAUAAACAAUUCAGUUGCUAACUUAUUGUGUGCUCUUAGCUGAAUAAUUUCUGCUAAGGGCAUGUUUGCUCUGUGUUGUCAUGUUUUCAGGAGCAUGCCAUACAAGAAGCAGCAUCUGGUAACUACCCUAGAGACAGCAGGUAUCUUGUCUGAUGGGAACCCCGCUCUAACAGCAGGAAGACUGUCGUGCAAACUGCAUAGGCUCUUCCGGUCCUACAAUUGACUUAUUAAACUUGAGGCCAUUUUGGUGGGGAAAAGUAUCAAUGUGGGUGAAGUUACCCAGUUUGCAGGAAGUGGACAUGCCGUCUCUUUUCUGUUUAUAAGGGCUUGGAGAGUUGGAAACAUGCACAUGCAUCAGCAUAACUCAUCUCUGGACUACUUAGUACUUGCUCCAUUGGAAAGUAUUGGCCUACCAUUCCAGUAGGCAAAGUGCAAAGGCUUCCUCCAGUCCAAGCAGCCUUUCUCCCAACUUCAGUUACUCUUCCAAUGGAGGAAGGCCCCUUAGACUGGAAGAACUCUUUCCAGCCCAUGCUAGGAUGCUGCCUGUUAUGUCUAAGGUCCCAUGAAACCCUAUCAGCUUCAUCUUUGAUGACAUAUGCAGUUUCACUUGGUGUUGCAGUUAGAUAAUAAGUGUGUCCCUAGAAAUCUGUAAUGGUUGUAAUAUUGGGGUCCAGUAGCUGGAAUGUGAUCCUGCAAUACACACCUGUGAUUCAUGUGUACCUCUGUGGUAUAGCUAGGGAAGAAUUGCCAGCUCUAGCAGUACCUUUUCACCUGGAUAUGCCACGUAUUACAACUUGAGAUAGAUACUUGAGGCUAAUGUCAGUUUCAAUUUGACUGAUAGCCUGAAUCCUGAUCGAAGUCAUCAGAUUGUGUAAGCUUUGCAAAUGUUGUUUCCAUACGCAUUCAUUGAAUAAACUAUAUAAAAUUGCUUAAUAACUGAGCAUGAUCAAAUUAGAGAAUACCAAAUAAACAUCUGGAGUGGCUUGUACUGUGAUAUGUUGUUGCAUCACAAUUGACUAGGAACGAAAGGCUUGUAUCCCAUGAGAGUUCCACAGACAGAAAGGGAAUUAUUUUUGCGGACAACUGUUUUCCUAUUGAUUCAUUCAUCAUGUUGUUGCUGCAGUGGGCCAACUUUUUCUCCAGGAGCAGAAAUUUAGAGAAUAUUUUGGGCAGGAGGCGGCAGCUGGGAAGCCCUGCUCUAUGGCUAGAAAUCUCCAGUGGAUCCAAGGCCAGGUUCACACAUACACAUACAUUUUUGAUGGCUGGCAACUGAAUAUGUGAACUGACUUGGAAAGGCGUUGAAUUUGAAUUUGAUAUAUGAAUGUCAAUACCUAUACUUAAGUUUUCACUUUGUUUUGCAGUCAUUCUGAUGAAUAUUUACAUGUCAACUAGUUUCCAAACUAGUUUCAUUGCUAAAGUUUCUCCCUCUUUUUACCUAAUGAUGAGCCAGUUAAAGAAUACCCAUUUCGAUGUAUUGUCGAAGGCUUUCACGGCCGGAGAACG